AUGAGCCAGGAGCAGGCACGUAGAUCUGAAGCCGGGCAGGAGCAGCAGCCGCAGCCCAUCAAAUACGGAGAUGUUUUCAACGUCUCCGGUGAAGUGGCUUCCAAUGUCAUCACGCCGAGAGACGCGGCUUUGAUGCAAGCAACAGAGAACCAAGCAUUGGGUCAGACCCAGAGAGGAGGACCAGCGUCCGUGAUGCAAUCAGCAGCUGCAGUGAACACGAGAGCCGGCCUGGUGAGCUCAGACGACGUCUCAGACGUAGUUCGCAACCAAGGCUUGAGCGUCUCCGAAACAAAAGUGGGUGCGACUCGUGUUAUCACCGAGACGGUGGGGCGAGAGGUGGUGGGACAGUUUGUGGAGCCCGACGUGCCCAUGAGAGAUCCUGGGUUGGCUCUAUACCCAGAUGCUAUAACCAUGGGGGAGGCGCUUGAGGCAUCGGCAUUAAGCGCGGCUGGUGAUAAGCCUGUGGAUCAGAGCGACGCCGCAGCAAUACAAGCUGCUGAAAUGAGAGCCACCGGAAGAAACAAGAUAACGCCGGGAGGUGUGGCCGCCACUGCCCAGUCUGCUGCCACCCGCAACGCUCGCACUGUGCCAUACGAGCAGAGAACAACUUUGUCUGAUGUUUUAACUGAUGCGAAGCAGAAGCUGCCCGCAGAUAAGCAGGUGACACGAGAAGAUGCAGAGGGAGUGAUUGGCGCUGAGAUUAGAAACAAACCGGACAUGAAAACCACUCCCAGUGGCGUCGCAGCUUCCGUCGCUGCGGCGGCGACCCUUAAUCAAAACAAAUGA